AUGAGUGGCGGCACUCAAGACAACCGUCGGAAACGUCCGCUCUCUCCUGUCGGAGCUCCAACACCUCCCAGCCCCAUCAAAUCUCCUUCACACACACGCCCCUCGGCCUACUCCGAACCUUCUUCAUCUCGCCCCAAUAUCCCCGCAACCAUGCCAGGCAUUCACGCCCCAGAUAUGGAGCCCGAUCUCCAAUCCGUCUUCUCCGAUUUCAGCGGCCGCAGCGAUUACCCAACAGCCGGCUUCACCUACAUCAUCCUCCACCAGCCUACCAACCGCGCCCUCAGCAUAAUCAAGGGCAAGCUGGCUCUCCACCGCGUCCCCGAACCAAUACCCGGUGUAUCCCACCCCUCGCUGCUCGAAGGCAAAACCAACUGGCACUGGGAGUGCGUGGAGGCGGACAACUGGCUCAGCUUCCGCAACGCCGCCACGGGGAGGUUUCUCGGCCACGACGCCGACGGGGACGACAGACAGGGAAGGAAUGCGAACCGGAGGUCGGGAAAUUUUAGGUGCUCUAGCACUCAGCCUGGGCCAUCGGAGAAGUUUGCCUUUCUGAGCUUGAGAUCCGGGGUGAUGGCUCCGAGCGUGAUGCUAUCAAAUGGGGAAGUGGAUGGUUUUGAAGAAUUUGGACCAGAAGAAGACAACAGAGAAGAAGACAAUGGAGAAUACGAAGAGGGUGGGAUCGCAGAAAGAGAUAUGGAGGAAUUUGGGGAUCGACCGCAAUCUCAGGCAUCCGCAAUGUACUCGCUUCUUGUACAACCACAGAGGUUGACGCCGUGUUAUCUUCAUCGGGUUGCGGGUUGCCCAGCUUGUGCGAGUGGCUCCCGGAAGCUGGUCAAGGUACAGGUAAGGCCUGAGGGCUGGGCAGUGGGAUCGCAAGUAAAAAUGUUUUGGGAUGCUGAUGAGGAUGACGGCACGUUUUGGAGGUUUGUGAAGGUCAUUCCGCCAACGAAUCAAUCGGCUGAGGAGGAGGUUAUGGCUUGA